AUGUCAGCACUCGCAAAAGAGUUCGCAGACUACACGUAUCUGGCACUACCUGACUUGGGCACCGGUACACGCAAUCCUCUGCCAAAAGUACAUUCGAUCACAAGGAAAACUUCAGUAGACAUCCGUGAAGUUGGUCUGUCUCACCAAACACUCGUUCGCGCAUCUUUCGCGAAGUUAAUCCUCUUAUACCUCGACACUCAUGAUUUUUUACUCGCCGAUUCCACGUCGAAUUUGUAUGUUCCAGUGCGGGCCAAGAUCGACCCCAAUAAAACUCUGCUACAGUUUGCAGAGGGGCUCGAGAAUUCUGCUCGCUCUACAGAACAUGUCACUUCAGAAUAUGUACGCCAGAUUCUCAGCCUUCCUGAAAAUCAAGACCCUCUACCCGUCCUCUAUACUUGGGUCCAGGAGGAGUUUCCAGCGAAUGUGAAAUGUCCUAUAUUGCUGGAAGCGCAGGUUCAAGACGGUAAUCAAUUAAUACUCUAUCUACGUUGCAAUUCCACGGUAAUGUCCCUCGACACAGCGAAAAUAUUCCUGGAACAACUCUGCGCCACUGUUUCAUUCAUUUGCGCAUACCCUAGUGCACCCUGUAAUAUCGCAAUGGACCUUCCAAUACAUGUCUCAUCUGCAUUAGAAGCUCCCUAUGAUCCAGACGAAGCCGAGCUCACAUGCAGUUGGUUGACACGUAACGCUUCUCUAAGGCCCGACGCUAUAGCCCACGAGAUAUACUCCAGUGUUAAUUCUGUCCCGGAGAUGUUGACGUACGCGUCGCUCAACGGACAAAGCAAUCGUCUUGCCCGUUGGCUUGUAAGCCGGGGUCUACGAAGAGAAGACAAAAUAGCCGUUUGUCGAGCUCGCGACAAGUACUUUUAUAUCGCUCAUGCGGGUAUAUUCAAAGUUGGUGGAUGCUAUGUUUCGAUCGAUCCUGAACUUCCGGAAGAACGUAAGAAGUAUAUUGCAGAUGAUAGUGGGUCGAAGUUUGUUCUUACCUCGGCGGACCAAGCACCCUACUUCGGUGAACUUGCCAUCGUACUUGAUGACUUGUCUGUUCAAGAAGAGGUGCUUGGACACGAUGCUGCGGACAUCUGCCUGGCUGAGCUGGACUCGCUAGCCUAUCUGCUGUAUACAUCAGGCACGACUGGAAUGCCCAAAGGUUGCCUUCUGAACCAUCGGGGGUUGUACUGGGCUAUCAUUGCAAUGUGUAAACUUCCCUCGAAGGUCACGAACCCCGACACCGACAAACGACUUGCUCUUGCCUCUAUCGCAUUUGAUGUUCACAUCUCUGAGAUCUGUCAAAGUUGGUGUCUCGGCAUUCGUCUGGUCAGUGGACCUCGAUACGAGUUUCUCGCCAACCUCCAAGAAAAUAUCAUUAAGAUUGGUAUCACUCAUCUGGGGAUGGUCCCUAGUAUGAUUGAAGCAACAUUGUCGUCUCCAGAUGAUCUUCCUUUGAAAUAUCUCGUCUCUGGAGGGGAAAAAAUCUCAGAUGGGCUUCUUCGCAAAUGGGCUACGUCGCCGAAGUUAAUUUUGGCGAAUUUCUAUGGGCCUACGGAAGCGACAAUUGGUUGUACGUCUCGUCAAAUCACAAUAAAUGAUCGAAAAGAAAAUAUUGGGCGUCCUUUUGCUUCAUGUCAGGCAUAUGUCGUGGACUCUGCAAUGAAUAUCGUUCCUAGAGGCACCCCGGGGGAACUCGUUGUGGAAGGACCACUAGUGGGGGUUGGGUAUCAUAAGUUGCCCGACGCUACAAAUAGAGCUUUUCUGGAAUGGCCACAUCCCGGAUGCAGAUGUUAUCGUACGGGUGACCUUGUCCGUCUGAUGCCUGAUAAUACCCUCGAAAUCAUGGGUAGAAUCGAUACACAAAUCAAGCUUCGAGGUGUCAGGAUUGAGAGCGAGGGUGUCUCGAACGUCCUACUCACAGCAUCUCCAAUUCCUAUCGACGCUACUACGUUGGUCAGCCUCCAUCCCGGCCUUGGUAGCGCGGAGGUCCUGGUCUCAUUUGUCGCUGUCUUAAAUCCGAAUAUUACUUUCUUCCAACGCCGCAGCGAGCUACCUGUUGUUACCGACGAGGCAUUUUCCAAUUCCGACACCCUCCAGAAGAUGAGGGACGCAGCUAUUCGAGAGUUAGCUGUGUACAUGCGGCCGUCAUAUAUAAUUCCACUCAAUUUUCUUCCUCUCAACAUGAAUGGAAAAACGGACAACAAGAUACUUUCUGCCCUUUUCAAGGAGACACAACUACAAGAUCUUAUUCGCUUGCAAGGUCAGGCUUUCGCCCAAAUUACUUCCGAUCUUACAUCAGAGGAAGCUCAGGUAAUUGAGGUGGUUUCCCGAGUCACCGGCCUUGAACCAGGUCAUAUCAACCAGUUCUCUAACCUAUUCGAGAGUGGGUUGGACUCUCUGAAGUUUCCUGCCCUUGCCAGCGAACUUCGAAAGACGUUCAUGACUUCCGUCACUGUUGCAGAGCUAAUGCGUAACCCUGUCAUUAGAGAUGUAGCCAGACUCAUCCCGCGGAACGAUCCCGACUAUCCUAGUGGGGAUCAAACAAACAUCGUUACCGAAUUCGCGGAGAAGUGGAAGUCUGUCGCAGAUGGUAUCUUCGAACCCUCUUCGAUUCAGGCUGUCCUGCCUCCAUUCCCUGUACAGGAGGGCAUCUUGUUUCGGUGCAUAGCAUCACCACAUCUGUAUGUGCAGCACUUUAUGUACCGGUGUCGUAAAUCUGUGGACUUAAGCAAGAUGAAACGAAGCUGGGAGGCUGUAAUGAGACGGCAAGAAAUUCUUCGAACAUGUUUCAUCUUCGAUGGAACCCUAUUACAGGUUGUUCUUCAUGAUGGGGUCAAUCCACUCCCGUGGCAGUUCUCUGACUAUGAGGACAAGGAAAGCUCAAGUUUCCGUGAUUGGUUUCUACGUGAUCAGGCUUCACAUGUGUCCACCCGAAUCAAUGAAGAUUUCACUACACCUCUGUUCGCCAUUGGAAUCUACAGAAACUCGUCUGACAAAGAAGUGUAUAUGGUAAUUUCUAUCAACCAUGCCCUCUAUGAUGGAUUUUCUAUGCCACUUCUUGUCCGAGAGUUCCGUCAAUGCUACUUGGAUGAAGAGCUUCCUGAACCAGUCCCGCUAGUACAUAUGUUACACCCGAUCCUAUGUCAGAAUAACGAAGACAUGAGAGCUUUCUGGAUAUCUCAAUUCGAAGAUGUCGACCUUCGAGCGCGAGCGAUUAGACAUCCGUCAUCAAUCAGUCCACCAAGCUUUUUAUCUCACGCCUUAGAUGUGCCCCUUAGCGAUAUCCAGGCCAAGAGUCACUCUCUCCACGUUACCUUACAAGCACUUUUCUGUGUGGUGUUCGCAAUCUCAGGUCAAUCUCUGUUUGGAUGGAAUCAUAAUGCAAUUUUUGGAGUAUUACGUGCUGGACGUUCGUUUGCAGCUCAAGGUAUUGAAUCAGCAAUCUGUCCAUUGGUCUCUGUGAUUCCAACCAUUGUCGAUCUUGUUCCAAAAUUGUCUUGGUCAAACUUACUGCAACGUUCGCAAAGUUUCGUCACCGAGAGUAUCCAACAUGAGCAAGUUGCUCUUGGGCAAAUUCAGAGAUGGCUGGGAGUGACGGAACUUGUGGAUGUCCUUUUUUCGUGCCGUUUCGACACGGGUGAACAGGUUUCCGAUGUGAUUGAGCACAUUGGAACUAGCCGUUCGUCACCAGAGUUUAUCUUUGCUGUUGAGUUUGUAUUGCAACCUACCGACGAUGCCAUCGAGGUUCGAGUUUCCUUCACCGAACCCGAGAUAACGCCCCCCGGUGUUCUAUCCUUGUUCGCACGGUUAGAGCAAGUCCUCGAAAAUGUUCUCAGUCACAACAACGAUAUUGCAUGCGACUGUAUCAUCAACCAGCCUGCAGUGGACAAUGUGCAGAAUGCAAAUCUCAUUGACGAAUCUUCCUCUAGUGUCGAAUUGGAGCUGAUCUUACAGAAAUACAUAUCCGAAUAUCUGGGCAUCGAACUGCCUGCGCUUCGUCCUACCACUUCAUUCACGUCCCUCGGUCUCAGCUCCAUUAAGGCUGUCUCUCUGUCGCGAGUAUUGCUUCAACAUGGCAUCAAUGUAUCACCUGUGGACAUCAUCCAAGGCGACCAAAUCCAGGCAAUUGCUAAACGCGCUCACGCUUCUGCGUCUUUCGAUGAUGCACCGGAAACCACGGAAUGGCUGAAUGAUAUGAAAGAGAGACUGGCGAAUGAGUUGAAUGUAGAGAGGUUGAAACUUGACCCAGAAGACGCAAUUGUGAUAACGGGAUGCACAUCAUUGCAGACUGGUAUGCUUGCUCAGACAAUUAACUCUAGAGGGCUACUAUACAUUCACGCUUUUACCUUGAAAUUGGCUUUUGACUGCGAUGUCUCUCGACUACGGGCUGCUUGGCAUGAAGCCGUUCAAAAUUUAACCAUUCUACGCACGUCCUUCCAUUUUACCCCCAUCUCAGGUCAAUGGGCUCAGGUUACACAUUCUAUUACCGACUUUAAAUGGUCGCACUCAACCCAGGAUGAAUUGGGCUCCGCGGCGGUUGAUUUUAUUACAACCCUUGCUUUUGACAACGAAGAAACCUUUGCUCGUCCUCCCGUUUAUUUUCGACAUGUAUCUGCCGAUAUGGAGUACCUAGUCGUGGUUCUGCACCACGCUCUAUAUGACGGCCUAUCUCUUCCAAAACUAUUUCAUCAUGUUCAACAACUCUACCUAUCAAAACCAGUCGAUGUGUCAACUCCAUUCAAUCAAGUAGCUGAUACAAUCUUGAUUGCGGAAGGCAACGGCACAGCUUUCUGGACACGACGAUUAGAAUCUGUAAAGCCUUGUCAUUUUAUGGUGCAGAGUAGAUCUUCCGAAGAGGCGUGGCGUGCUUCCACCACGCUUGAAAUCACGACCGCUGAGAUAGAACGUUUUUGCCGCAGAUAUCAUGUCCAUCCCCAGGCAUUAGGUCAAGCAACAUGGGCGAAAAUCUUAUGUAUGCGGGAAAUCCGCUCGGAUAUUAUAUUCGGACAAGUUGUUUCAGGGAGGUCGCUCUCCGGGGCCGAUAACGUUAUUGGACCAGUCUUUGUGAGGCAUCAUUUCUUAGUUUCACUGAUCAAGGGACAAUCCAACCAGCAACUUGUCCGCGACAUUCACAGAUCGAAUAACGACGGACUACCAUGGCAGCAUGCAUCAUUACGCUCCAUACAACGGCAACUUAAUCUUGGAAGCUUAUUCGACACACUAUUCCUCUAUCAACCACACGUCGCUCUCACUCAUGAAAAUCCUUUGUGGCAUCUCAUAACUCGUCAAGACAUGCAGGAAGGCAAGACUCAGUAUGCUGUCAACAUUGAGUUGCACGAGGGCGAAGCGUUAUACAGAGUCUUUGCUUCUUGCUCGUCGGACGCAAUGACCCAAACCGAACUUGCUUCCCUUUUAGCACAGUUCAAUCUACUUUUCGUUGAGAUAGUUCGAUCUCCGAAUGCAAUUACCUUGCAAGACCAAGCACGAAUAUUCUCGCGCCCAAUUAAGGUUAGCAUGCCGCUGACUUCAUCGAAAGCUAGUGGGGAUCCUGAGGCUGUCAUCAAAAUAUGGUCUCCCACGCAGCAACAACUUUGGAAAAUCCUCAUCGACUUCACUGGUCUUCCUUCCGAUGCUAUCCGUCCAUCUACUUUCCUCAUUGCAAUAGGUAUCGACUCAAUAUGUGCUAUACAAGUAGCGUCUCUAGCCCGUCGUGCCGGAAUACCUCUCACCGCCACAGAUGUUGCUCGUAGCCCGACCGUCCAAGAUCUUCUGUUUCUCGACCCGGUUACAAACAAAGGUGUUGUGACUCAAUCAAAACCCAUUCCUCUCGAGUUAUCACCUGAACUUGUCCAGAAUAUCUUUGCUCGUUUACCCAUCGGAUACCAACGUAAAAUUUCCCGUCUUCUACCACUCGCUGCAGGAAUGGAAUGGACUCUUUCUGCCUGGCAGAUGAACCGCGCUGUCUUUCCGUUCAAAUUGGAUAGGAAUGACGAAGCGAUUGAUGUCGUCUCAUCACGUUUACAUAAUGCCUGGCAAAAGCUCAUUCGCCGACAUGAAAUCCUACGAUCUGUGCUGAUCCACACGGAAGAGCAGAAUUACAGGGUUCUCCUCGGUAUUUUAUCGAUGGAGGAAUUUGAGGUUCCGUGGGAAGAAGAUAGACUACCGUCUCACGAUCUGUUGUCAAACAAAACGGAGCUCGAACUGGUGAGGAUGAAGACAAAAGAACUUGCGGUUAUGCCCAUCUCAUUUGGCCAACCGCCGACCCAACUUGUGCUAUUGCAUGGGAAGCAGUCGAGCUAUAUCAUCAUCGGCUUACAUCAUAUGCAGUAUGAUGGCUGGAGUCUGCCACUCUUCAUGAGAGACAUUGAAUCCCUUUAUACGUCCCGUCAACCGUUGUCAAAGAACGAUCUAUCUUCGUUCUUAACGAUGUUCACUCGAUCAUCAGAGUAUUUUUUGGAGCAAGAAGUGUAUUGGAAACAUGCCUUUCCCCUUACCUUUCGUCCUCAUUUAUUCCCCUGCUUAAAUCGUCAUAAAGUUCUCGACGAAACUACACAUUCUGACAUCCCAUUUCUAUCAUCACUCAUUCGUAGCGUCUCCAGUCUUCGCAAUCUCUUCAGCCUGGGUUGGGCGCGGAAUCGACGUCGAGUCACCGAGGGAGAAGGUGGGGCUGAUGCUCCUCUUCACGUUAGUCGAGGACGUGAUCGUACUUUUAUAAACAUCACAAUUCCCAACGACAUUCUUCCACUCGAUGUUCUCCAGAGCAAAGCCCGAUCGUACUCUCUCUCACUUCAGUCAAUACUUCUUGCAUGUUGGGCAAUUGUUCAAAUGAAUUGGUCUUCUUCAUUAGAUGGAGCGACUUUUCUACUCUCCCAUGCAGGGCGGUCGUCAGCAGCCAUUCCUAACCUAGAUGUUCUUGCCGCUCCUUGUUGUAAUUAUGCACCUGUGCACGUAACUUUGGGCAUUCAACCUGCUGGCGCGCUCAAGAUCUCUGCAAUGACUAUCCUGGACGUGGCGCGACGAAUCCAAGCCAAUCUCGCCAAUCGGACUCCUGUAGUUGAACAGACACGGGUUGCGGACAUCUCGAAGUGGAUCGGCUUGAAAGGAAAACCGUUUUGUAAUGUUGCCGUGAAUGUGCUGAGGCUGCCAGGAGGAGAGCUGUUGAAGGGUGCAGAAACCCCCGAAAGACUGCUGAAGGCCAUAAAGUUUCCAUAUAGCUCUAUACCCUUACAAAUGUUCCCGGGAGAUCCCUUCUUCCCUGAAAUCCAGCAUGACUGUCUCGUCGAAAUCUAUUUCGGUACAAGAUCCACUUCUCACACUCAAUCGUCAAGCUCAGUGUUAGGUCUAUCAAUCGAGUGCCAUGCUGAUUUGUUGAGUGUAGAGCAAGCUGGCAAGGUUGUAGAGGACUGGAAAGAUUUGGUUCGGAUGUUUGGGACUUUGGAGAGCGAGUGA